AUUUUUUUAUAUCCUUUAUUCAUUCGUUUAUGUUCACGGAGUUGAAUUUAGUUUCUUUUUGGAAUCAGAAGAAAAAUUAUGUUUCGUUGAUGUCUUGGCACCAAACACUUUAUUAAUAGCAAAAAUCAGAUCUUAAACAGACCAAUAUCAUUUUUACAUGACUCUAUAAUCAGAAAAUGAUGAAAUCAAAAGGAUUUAUGAAAGCGAAGGAAAAAAUUAACUUAUCUAUGAUUAUACAACCAUGCAUGGAGGGAAUUACUAAUUUUGUUUUGAGGAUAAACUUGGCUUAUAUAGUGAGAUUUAUUUUGAAUAUUUAAUUGGAAUUGAAGCUAAUGAUAUGCAUGAGAUAGCUUAAAAAUCGGAUUUAGCUCUUGUACAAGAAACCCUCAAUAAUAUUUAAGCAAAAUUGUAGUUUAUGAAAUAAUAGUUGAUUAUCUUCUCUUAGGUUAAAUUAGAGAACAUUUUUAGUUUAGAGAGCUUGUAUUAUCACAUUGUGUAAUCUGACCUUAUUGGAUUUACCAUCAUUGUGAUAUUGAUUUUUAUAGAAGUGUAGAUUUUGAAAAGGAAGAUAUUAAGAAAAAAAAUAUAAUGA